AUGACAUCAGUCCAUCCAGCAUCCGUCGAAUCGCCCUCAGUUCCCCGCAUUCUGGCAAAAGCACCUGUCCAGGCGGCGCCACGAACCCGUUCGCUAGGUGGUUGUCGAACAUGUCGCAGUCGACAUACCAAGUGCGAUGAGGCCCGUCCCACCUGCCAGGUCUGUCGUAAUCAGGAUCUGGUGUGCGAGGGGUACGAGAUACGCUUAACUUUUGAUGUCAAUGACGAUCAUGGCUCGCGAUGUCGUCGUCCGCUGUUCACGGAAAGCAUGCGACAGAAGAUGAGUGAGGAGCUCACGGACAGUGCAGAGCCAGACCAACUGAAUCACCUUCUGAUGCUGGUUGACGAAGAGUGCCAAGAGCCAGAGGAGGACACAAGGGCCAGUUUUACUACUCUUCGUGGUCCUUUUGGUGCGUUUCGGCUGAUCCCUGAACAACACGGACCGGUUGAAAAUGAGAUGCCGGUUGAGAGCUCUCCAUGUCCACCUCCACCAAUUGAUAGUGAAUUACACAUGGAUUUGGAAGAUGUCUUCAAUGGAGAUCCUUUGAUGGAAUCUCUGUUCUGGGAUGUCAAUGCCGCUGUUGAUUUACACGCCAACAACUUUUUCAGUGCCACUCUAUCCCAUGCCCAGGAUUAUUCGGAUGAUGUUUUCGGCUUGCCAUCCAGUAUCGGCAGAGAAACAUUUAUCUCCUCUCCAGAGGUCCCAUCAUCUGUGACACCGUUACAAAAUCUCGCCCCUAAAGAUGCCCCAUUCCUUUUAUCCUAUUACAAGAACACGGUGAUCACCAUGUUCUCCCCCGUGUCCAAUAAAAAGACUAUUUGGCAUAUUAUUCACUUAUCUAGCGCCAUGAAUUCUUUGGCUCAAAUGACUAUGGGCGAAUGGCCUGGGAAUGCUCCGUUGUGUACUCUCUAUGCUAUCCUGGCCACCAGCGCGUUCGCCUUGCGAAUAUCUGCGCCUUAUGGCUCGUAUAAAUAUUGGCAGCAAAAGGCGGAAGGGUAUACGAUGCAAGCACAAACAUAUUUGAAACUGGCGUUGCAAGAUGCCUCCGCCAUGGUAAAGAAGGUCAAGUACAAAGACUUGUUGAUUGCUCUGCUGUGUAUGCAUACAGUUUCUGUAUACCAGGGGAGCCAGGAACGUAUCCGUAGCUGCUUGCUGGACUGCGAAAGUUGGAUUCAUUCACACGGCCUUCCUAAAACAACCAAGUCACGCAAGGUUCGUCUGCUACAUCACUGCUACGUAUACCUGCGUAUAUUUCACGAGAGCACAUCUGUCUCCCCCAUAACGGCUUCCGAUACCGAUGCGGAUCAAACAACACCGGCCACAAUGGUCUCGGUGACAACUAAUCGCUCCUUUCGCCUGCGACAGUGGGAAGGCCGACUUGAUCAGCGAAUGAAUGAGUUGAAAGAUCAGAGUCAGGGUGAAAAUGAUCUUCAUCUUGAGCUUCCUGGGCGUUGGGAUCCGACAAUGUAUCCCAUCAUUUACGGUAUUCCCGAGUCUUUCUUUUUCUUGCUCUCCCAGGUGACCCGACUUGCCAAUGAAAAGGAUCUUUCUGAGUCGGGAAGUAGCUCAAGUACCCUCACCAUUAAACAAUUCUCGACUCGUGCACGCAGCCUGGAGAAUUACAUCCGCACUUGGAAGUCUCCUCCGUUACCCACCGUGGAUUCCGUAGCGGAUCUGGAGACGCAGAAGUUGAAGCAGGCAAACCAAGAACUCAUACAACACAUGCUUUGCGCAUUUCACAAGGCGCUGCUGAUAUUCUUUUACCGCCGUAUAUAUGACAUGGAUGCAGCAAUGCUGCAGGAUAAGGUACGGCAAGUUCAAGACGAGCUGGUGCAAUGUGAUCGUACUGGGGACCCCGCAGUUCGACACGCAGCCACAUUUGCGUGGAUAGCCUUCAUCGCGGGCUGUGAAGCACUUGACCCUACUCUGCAGGAUUGGUUUUCUGCAUGGUUCGAGGCAUCAUCCCAGAGAACAGGGCUGGGGACGUUUGAAUUGGCUAGUCAAAUUGCUCACCAGGUUUGGGAACGGCAGCGGCAACCGACGCACGGCAUGAGCGCUAACUGGCCUGAUCUGGUACGAGAAAAGAACUUGACUCUUUUUUACGCGUAA